GGGGGAGCCAGGUGUCGGUGGGUUUAGUUGGUUUUUCCGGUUUCCUAACAAAUACAAUUACAAAAACCGGCUCCACACAUUCAGAUAGUGGUGGUUGCGUCGACGACGGGAUGGCCAGCGGCAGCAGCGCCGAAACGUCGUCGUUAAUGAGGGACUUACUCAGGCAGGCAGGCGGAGUCGCGGUGGUCGACGGUGGACUUUCCACCGAGCUCGAACGCCACGGCGCUGACCUCAACGAUCCUCUCUGGAGCGCCAAAUGCCUCCUCACUUCCCCUCACCUCAUUCGCAAGGUACACCUUGAUUACCUUGAAGCUGGUGCAGAUAUCAUAAUCACAGCAUCGUAUCAGGCCACCAUUCAAGGUUUCAAGGCCAAAGGCUUUUCUACAGAAGAGAGUGAAUCUUUGCUUAGGAAAAGUGUUGAAAUUGCCCGAGAGGCACGAGAUAUCUAUUACGACAGAUGUACUCAAUGCUCUUCUGCUGACAGUGGAAAUGGUAGAAUUCUCAAGCGUCGACCAAUCUUAGUUGCGGCAUCUGUGGGGAGCUAUGGUGCUUAUUUGGCUGAUGGGUCUGAGUACAGUGGAAAUUAUGGUGAGGCUAUGACGCUAGGAAGAUUAAAAGAUUUUCAUCGGAGAAGGGUCCAAAUCCUAGCAGAAUCUGGUCCUGACCUACUUGCAUUUGAAACAGUUCCAAAUAAGCUGGAAGCUCAGGCUUAUGCUGAGCUUUUGGAAGAAGAAAACAUGCAACUUCCUGCAUGGUUUUCUUUCAACUCUAAAGACGGCAUCAAUGUUGUUAGUGGUGAUUCUCUCCUUGAAUGCGCCACAGUUGCUGAAUCAUGCAAGAAAGUUGUUGCAGUUGGAAUCAACUGCACUCCCCCUAGAUUUAUCCAUGGACUGUUAACAUUAAUUACACAGGUGGCUACAAAACCAAUUAUUGUGUACCCAAAUAGUGGUGAAAGCUAUGAUCCAGAUAGAAAGAUGUGGGUGCAAAACACUGGGGUUUCAGAUGAAGAUUUUGUCUCGUAUGUAAACAAAUGGUGUGAAGCAGGGGCUUCCCUUGUUGGAGGCUGUUGCAGAACAACACCAAAUACUAUCAGAGCAAUAUACACGACUCUUCCCAAUAGGUCAACAUCUCCACCUGAGCAGUAACCGUAUUGGCUUCACAAAGAGAGGACGGUUGAGCAUCUGUCGAGCAAGACUACGAGAAGGCUUCCCGUAUGUAAAACCAUCUAUCGAGCAAUUUGGUCAUAUCGCGUGAUGCUUGCGUCAUUCUUUUGGCUUUCUAGAGGUGGAUGUUUACAUGCAUGGAUUUUACCCAUCACCAAAGAGUUUUCAGUUGUUUAGAUGUAACUGUGUGAGCUUAACCAGAGCAGUCUACCUAUCGAACACUCGACUCCUGUGUACAUUAUAAGCUAAUUUUAUUGCAGACUCUUUCAUUCGGAUUUGCAAAAAUA